CACACUCCACGAGUGAUUCUCAAAACUCCCAAAACCCUCGUCUUUCUCUCUGCAACUCAAAAUUCAAAAACCCAAAACCAGAAAAAUGCUUCUUCACCAAGCUCCAAUGUUCACCUGUACUACUCCCCUCACACGAAACCCUAACCGACUCACCGCCACAACCUCCAUGGCCGCCGACCGCGCCGCAGCACCUUCUCCGCCGCAGCGAAGAAGGACCAUGUCCGCUCUCGAAGCCCGAAUCUCCCUCGUCGCCGCUCUCGCCGCCCAAGCCUCCACCGUCUCGCAGCGACUUUUGCUCGAUUUGGCCGCCGAGACGGCCAAGUACGUCUUCCCCAAGCAGUUCGAGGCUCGGACUCUCGAGGAAGCUCUCAUGUCAGUUCCGGACCUGGAAACGGUGAAGUUCAAAGUGUUGAGUAGGAGAGACCAGUAUGAGAUUAGAGAAGUUGAGCCUUACUUUAUAGCAGAGGUGACAAUGCCUGGAAAGAGUGGUUUUGAUUUUAAUGGUGCUUCGCAAUCGUUCAAUGUCUUAGCUGAAUACCUGUUUGGUAAGAAUACCACAAGGGAGAAAAUGGAGAUGACCACACCGGUUUUUACACGUAAAGCUCAAUCUGAUGGAGAGAAAAUGGAAAUGACAACUCCAGUGAUAACAAAGAGGGUGGAAAAUGAAGAUAAGUGGCAGAUGUCCUUUGUCAUGCCCUCAAAAUACGGUGCCAAUUUGCCAUUGCCUAAAGAUCCAUCUGUAAAGGUCAAAGAGGUUCCAAAGAAAUUAGUUGCAGUUGUUGCCUUUUCUGGUUUUGUCACUGAUGAGGAAAUUAAGCAACGGGAAUCCAAGUUAAGGGAAGCUUUGAAAGAUGAUAGACAGUUCCAAGUGAAGCAGGGCACUUCAGUGGAAGUUGCACAGUAUAACCCACCAUUUACGCUUCCAUUUCAACGGCGUAAUGAGAUCAGUCUGGAAGUUGAAAGUAAAGAGGAAUAAUAGUUUCUAUUAUCUAACAGAAAAUUUACAAUCUUGCGGUCUAUCAACUACAACAUCUCUCCUGUAAAGAAACUAAAGUCAGCUGGUUGGUUAUCUCCUCAAUCAAACUAUGUAAUAUUGUACAGCAUUUGAAUAGUCAUAGGGAUUAGGAAAUGCAUAAAGAUUAUGACAUACCAGUCUUAUGUUUCAAUGACAAGCAUAUGUUUGGGAUGGACAGUUCCUCAAUAUAUUCUUUACUAGCACCAUAUUUCUUUGGAUUCUAUUAAAUUGUAAUAUGUAAAACAAGCAUAUUUUGCAAGAGGGCACUUGUAAAUAAACGCCUGAGUUCUGUUUCAUA